AGAAAUGCUGAAGGUGUAUUUCUGGUGCAACAAACACUGGUGGUGGUUUUCGUACCACAUUGGUGGUCUUUACAUUACAUUACCUUUACCUUACAUUCACGUGAAACAAAUGGUAUUACGGGUAGAAACAGUGCACGCGAUUUUCUAGCCGGACUUAUUUUUAUGUAGGAACACUGGUGGUGUCGCAAAAUAUGUUUGGUGUCGCAAACACGACGAUGUUGUAAACAUACUUGGUCGGCGAGCUCAGAUUGUACUUGCAAAGCAUCUAUCAGACAUUUCAUACAGUCUCGAUUCCGUAGAAGUGCAGUCAAAUCGAAUAGAUGUCUGAUGCUCAAGAAGUUACAAAGCCAGACGAGGAGGCCCAAUCUCCGGUACCCGAGGACCAGUCGGACGAUAGCGACGAGGGUGAGGCAUCGGGAGACACAGAGAUGGAUUUCCUGCGCAGCCUAUUCUCUCGGACUCUCGGCUUGGGCCCUGGAGAAAAGGUUUUGGAUGAGUUGACGCUCGACGGUGUAGCCAGAUACAUUCAGAGUGGCGCAUGCAAGAAUAUCAUCUGUAUGGUCGGUGCUGGAAUAUCAACAUCGGCAGGAAUCCCAGACUUUCGCUCUCCCGUGUCGGGUCUCUAUGCCAACCUUCAGAAGUACAAUCUACCUUACCCAGAGGCCAUUUUUCAGAUUGAUUACUUCAAGAAACAUCCGGAGGCCUUCUUCGCCUUAGCCAGGCAGCUCUACCCUGGACAAUUCAAGCCCACAGUAUGCCACUACUUCAUCAGGAUGCUGAAGGAGAAGGAGCUGCUUCGUCGCUGCUACUCCCAGAACAUUGACACUCUGGAGCGAGUGGCUGGCCUCGGGGAUGCUGACCUGGUAGAAGCUCAUGGAACUUUCUACACCUCACACUGUCUCAGCUUCCUCUGUCGCAAGGAGUACACCCUGGAAUGGAUGAAAGAGAAGAUUUUCUCUGAUGAGAUCCCCAAGUGUGACAAGUGCAGUGGACUGGUCAAGCCAGACAUUGUUUUCUUUGGUGAGAAUCUGCCAGGACGAUUCUUCACUUCCAUGACAACGGACUUUCCUCGAUGUGACCUGCUCAUCAUUAUGGGCACAUCUCUACAGGUGCAGCCCUUUGCUUCCUUGGUUGGCAGAGUUCCUAAGAGUACUCCCAGGCUCCUCAUCAACAUGGAGAAGACGGGAGAGUCUGACUUCAUGAGUGGGAUGCUUGGUUUGGGUGGAGGGCUGGAUUUUGAGUCAGACAAAGCGUACAGGGAUGUGGCCCACAUCAGCACCUGUGAUGAUGGCUGCCUGGCUCUCGCAGACCUCCUGGGAUGGAAGGAGGAGCUGCAGGAGCUGGUGAACAGGGAGCAUGCUUUGAUUGACAGCAAAAAUAAGAAGGAGAAAGGUGAAGCAGCCAAUGAGGACUCUUCAGCCACAGAAAAGGCCGCUCCGGGGGCGGAAGCCAAAAGCCAAAAGACUGAGUGACUAACGAGAGAAAAUAAAAGUGGAAAAAGACAUCCAGUGGCUGUGGCCAGAGACGAGACACAGCUGAAAACAGAACUGCAUAUGCUUCUCCGUAGUGGAGCAGUUCCUACACACCCACAUGAGGCAGGCAAUCCCACUAGUUGCUAAUUAUGACUUCAGUUAUUGAGCUCUCUUAAUCAUGAUUCUCAAAAUGAAUAUGCACUGUAUUUUUUUUGUUUUGUUUGUUUUUUAUGGAAAAAAAACAUAUGAAUGAUAAACUAACAUUAAUGUAUGUGUUUUUAUCUUUUUAAAUUAUUUUAAGUUUAUAUCAUAAGUUCUAUUUCUCUUGUCUGUGUUGGAGGAAAGAGAAGUAGCUCGCUCCAGUGGAGUGUUGUGACACUGUGCUCACUCACCAUAAACUCAAUACUGUCCCAGGAGCAGCAUGUAUCAACAGUAGCAAAAAGGAAGUACAACUAAAGCAGAAUAAAACAUUCUAAACAAA